UGUUUACAUGCCAGAUGGUGCUGUACAACAAUUUUAAUCCAAUCUGACUUUCCUCAAAUGAUGGCGGAUACGGACCUUAAUGUUGACAGUAUAAUUUCGCGAUUGUUAGAAGUGAGAGGAUGUCGCCCUGGAAAAUCUGUGCAGAUGACAGAGGCAGAAGUGCGUGGCUUGUGUUUAAAGUCCAGAGAGAUAUUUCUCCAACAACCAAUACUUCUUGAAUUAGAAGCACCUUUGAAAAUUUGUGGUGACAUUCAUGGCCAGUAUACAGAUUUAUUGAGGUUGUUUGAAUACGGCGGUUUUCCUCCUGAAGCAAAUUACCUCUUCCUUGGCGACUACGUCGAUCGCGGAAAACAGUCCUUAGAAACCAUAUGCCUUCUACUUGCUUAUAAAAUCAAGUAUCCAGAGAACUUUUUUUUGUUACGAGGAAAUCACGAAUGCGCGUCGAUCAACCGAAUUUAUGGUUUCUACGAUGAGUGCAAACGUCGAUACAACAUCAAGUUGUGGAAGACUUUCACUGAUUGUUUCAAUUGUCUUCCCAUUGCCGCCAUUAUUGACGAGAAAAUAUUUUGCUGCCAUGGAGGCUUAAGUCCCGAUUUACAAAACAUGGACCAAAUAAAACGCAUCAUGAGGCCAACCGAUGUACCUGACACUGGCCUACUGUGUGACCUGCUGUGGUCCGAUCCUGAUAAGGACGUACAAGGAUGGUCCGAAAACGAUCGCGGAGUUUCCUUCACUUUUGGAGCCGACGUCGUCAGCAAAUUUUUAAAUCGCCAUGACCUUGACUUAAUUUGUAGAGCCCACCAGGUGGUGGAAGAUGGGUACGAGUUUUUUGCCAAACGUCAACUGGUAACUCUCUUUUCUGCGCCAAAUUAUUGCGGAGAGUUCGACAAUGCGGGCGGUAUGAUGAGCGUGGACGAAACACUCAUGUGCUCUUUUCAGAUACUGAAACCGUCGGAGAAAAAGGCAAAAUACCAAUAUUCUGGUAUCAACGCUACAAAGCCGAAUGCAGCUGCCAAUAAACCAGUGCCCAAAAAGAAAUAGUAACAAUAGCAGUUGCCUAAUCCUAUUGAAUAUUUUGAUCGACUUAACUUUUCGGCCGGAAUGUGGUGAGGGAUCCAUGAAUGCCCAAUUUUCCUCCUUU